CUCCUGCCCGGGCUCGGGCUCCGACUCCGGCUCCGCCCCCGGCUGGGCCUCGUCCCCUGGCGCGCCCGGCCCCCAUCCCGAGCCCUCGGCGCUCCGGCCGCCGCCUGGUCAUGUCAGGAUGGAGAUCCGGCAGCACGAGUGGCUCUCGGCCUCCCCCCACGAGGGCUUCGAGCAGAUGAAGCUCAAAAGCCGCCCCAAGGAGCCGUCCCCGAGCCUGACCCGAGUGGGCGCGAACUUCUACAGCAGCGUCAAGCAGCAGGACUACAGCGCCAGCGUCUGGCUCCGGAGGAAAGACAAGCUAGAGCAUUCCCAGCAGAAGUGCAUUGUGAUCUUUGCCCUCGUCUGCUGCUUUGCCAUUCUCGUUGCAUUGAUCUUCUCAGCUGUGGACAUCAUGGGAGAAGACGAGGAUGGACUCUCAGAAAAGAAUUGUCAAAAUAAAUGUCGGUAAGAGAAUUGCCCUGGUGGAAAAUAUUCCUGAAGGCCUUAACUAUUCAGAAAAUGCACCAUUCCACUUACCACUUUUCCAAGGCUGGAUGAAUUUACUCAACAUGGCCAAAAAGUCUGUUGACAUCGUGUCCUCCCAUUGGGACCUCAACCACACCCAUCCAUCAGCAUGUCAGGGUCAACGUCUUUUUGAAAAGUUGCUCCUGCUGACGUCACAAAAUAUUGAAGUCAAGCUAGUGAGUGAUGUGACAGCCGAUUCAAAGGUAUUAGAAGCCUUGAAAUUAAAGGGAGCCGAGGUGACAUACAUGAACAUGACCGCGUACAACAAGGGCCGGCUACAGUCCUCCUUCUGGAUCGUGGACAAACAGCAUGUUUACAUCGGCAGUGCCGGCUUGGACUGGCAGUCCCUGGGACAGAUGAAAGAGCUCGGUGUCAUCUUCUACAACUGCAGCUGCCUGGUCCUGGACUUACAGAGGAUAUUCGCUUUAUACAGUUCACUAAAAUUCAAGAGCAGAGUGCCUCAGACCUGGUCCAAGAGACUCUAUGGAGUCUAUGACAAUGAGAAGAAAUUGCAACUCCAGUUGAACGAAACCAAAUCCCAAGCAUUUGUGUCGAAUUCCCCCAAACUCUUUUGCCCUAAAAACAGAAGCUUUGACAUAGAUGCCAUCUACAGCGUGAUAGACGAUGCCAAGCAGUACGUCUACAUCGCCGUCACAGACUACCUGCCCAUCUCCAGCACAAGCACCAAAAGGACCUACUGGCCAGACCUAGAUGGGAAAAUAAGAGAAGCGCUGGUUUUGCGCAGCGUUAGGGUGCGGCUCCUGAUAAGCUUCUGGAAGGAAACCGACCCCCUCACGUUCAACUUCAUUUCCUCUCUCAAAGCGAUCUGCACAGAAAUAGCCAACUGCAGCUUGAAAGUUAAAUUUUUCGAUCUGGAAAGAGAGAAUGCUUGUGCAACAAAAGAACAAAAGAAUCUCACCUUUCCUAAAUUAAACCGCAACAAGUACAUGGUGACAGAUGGAGCCGCUUAUAUCGGAAAUUUUGACUGGGUGGGGAAUGACUUUACCCAGAAUGCCGGCACUGGCCUCGUCAUCAACCAGGCAGAUGCGAGGAACAACAGAAGCAUCAUUAAGCAACUUAAAGAUGUGUUUGAAAGGGACUGGUAUUCACCUUAUGCCAAAACCUUACAGCCCACCAAACAGCCGAACUGCUCCAGCCUGUUCAAAACCAGACCCCCUGCCAACAAAACUGCCUUGGACACCCAACUCGAGGAAGUAAACUGAUCGUCGGCAUUCAUGUUUUCCUAUUUAUACACCAAGGACUUGAGGAGAGAAAAACAAUUUAAUAUGUCUUUUCUAGGGGAAAAAAAAGCACACAUUAAAACAAUUGAAUGAUAUGUAACAUCUCUAGCUAACAAUAUCUUAGCACCAUGUACUAGCAAUUUAAGACUUUUGUACUUGUUACUUCUUACAGAUAAUGUCAUUCUGGCUUAGAAGUUUGUUUUUAUGUUUGCAUACAAAAUGUAAGACUUUGAUUCCUGUUUCCUGGUCCUUUCUGGUUCUAGAGCCCUUUCUGCUGACCACUGCUCAGCGCUUAGGAAACUUAGCAUGAGGUGAGCUCUUUUCUUUAACACCAUUCUUAGCACUGCUGAUUAGGAGAGGAGGGUGAGGACCACACCGCAGGCAAGACCGAUAAAUCCUAGUACUUGCCUUGGUGAACCAUCGCCAAAGCCUACCCGCGGC